GCUGGGAUCAGGUCACCAUGGCGGCCCGUGUCCUCUCGGCCUGCGUCCGCCGCCUGCUGCCCCGUUCCAGCGCCGCCGCCGUCCCCGUCCCCCGCGCCGCGCUCGGCACGCUCUGUCCCGGCCGUCCGCGGGCCCAGCCGCCCGCCUUCCUCCCCGCGGUGCCGCCGGCGCUCCGGGCGGGCCCUGCGCCGUGCCGCCGCUACUCGGAGCUGCCGCCGCUCACGCUGGCCGACAUCAAGGAGCGCGUCCUCUACGUCCUCAAGCUGUACGACAAGAUCGACCCCGAGAAGCUGACGGCCGAGUCGCAUUUCAUGAAGGACCUGGGGCUGGACAGCCUGGACCAAGUGGAGAUCAUCAUGGCCAUGGAGGACGAGUUCGGCUUUGAAAUUCCUGAUGGAGAUGCAGAAAAAUUAAUGUGUCCACAAGAGAUAGUAGAUUACAUUGCAGAUAAGAAGGAUGUUUAUGAAUAAAAGCAGUUCUCCAAAGCAGAGAGAUGUCUACCACUAGGAUGGCCCUGAUGUCAGUGGGUAUAAGCGCACAUGCUGCACUGCUGCUGCUUUCAUCGGAAAGUUGUGCUUGGACGUUGUAUUUAAAGCUGUCUGAAUAUGUUGUCCUUUGAAAACGAGGAAAAAAGGAAUAAAUAUAUAAGACCA